AGUUUGCUGAAGUCUUUAUUUUAAUUCUCAGCUCUGUGGCGUUGUCAUACAGCAGUCAGAGUGAAGGCAGUAGGGCCCUCCUCUUGACACAAAUGAGGAAGUUCAGCUCUGAGCUUGUCGCAGCUUCCUUUUACAGCUUUGUGAGACAAGGGAUGAACACGUGAAAGAAUGGACUUAUAGAAGUAACACACAAUGAGGAGGUAAAAAUUUGCCUGGGCGACAAACCGAGUCGAGAUUUGGUUUUGCUGGAUUAUUGUUUGUCAGGUGCAAAACUCUUUAGUUCAGGGUCUGGAGUGAAGGACAGGAUGCAAAGUUAUCAGCCUUGGUACCAUGGCAAUAUAACUCGAUCCAAAGCAGAGGAUCUUCUCUCCAAAGCAGCAAGAGAUGGCAGCUUCCUUAUCCGGGCCAGUGAGUCCAUUCAGGGAGCGUAUGCCCUCUGCGUUCUAUACCAGAACUGUGUGUACACAUACAGGAUCCUGCCCAAUGAGGAUAAGAAGCUCUCUGUCCAGGCAUCUGAAGGAGUUCCUAUCAGGUUCUUCACUGUGCUGCUUGAGCUGGUGGAGGCCUAUUACAGUCCCAACAUGGGACUGGUCACACAUCUGCAGUACCCCGUCCAGAGAGAGGAGGAGGUGGACGAGGAGCAAGAGUCCAACAAUCUUCCACCGCAGCUUCCACCCAGGAACUUCCCCUUCAACGAUGUGAAGGACAGUGAAUCCAAGUCCUCUGAACAGCCCUGCAAAUCUCUAUCGGACACCUACCUGAUGAGGCUGCAGAAUAUCGACCUGUCCACGAUACCUGAUGAGCAUCAAAUGGCCAUCCAAGAAUAUUUCAGGACUUCAAUCUGCUUGGAUGUUGAACAAAUACAGAACGGUAACCCCAACCUCCCUGGACUAAAGAAGCUAAUCAUGUCAAUCUGCAAGACUCUAUACAGUGAAAUUUCCCAUGUUCUGCCAUCUCUGGAAGUCUUCAAUAAAACAUUGGACCAACAGCUCUCACCAGGAGGUGGCCAAUGUCCAAAGCAAAUUUCCAUCGAUUCAGGUCAGUCUGUGCCCUUUAGGCUUGAGCAACUGACAAAACUGCUGUACUCCAUAGAAGAUAAGGCAAAGAGUUCUAUGUUUGAGUCUGUUGGACAUGAAGGAGGUCACAGGAAAUCUCUCAUCCCGGUUGUCAUGUUUGAGGUCAAGCAAGAAUCCCUUGGUAUUUCCACAAAGAUGUCAUUGAAAGUGGAUGUAGAAAGUGGGAAGCUCUACUUCAAGAAGUCAAAGGAUGGGCCGGACGACAAAUACUUUGUGCACAAUAAAAUCCUGCAGCUGGUGAAAUCUCAGAAAAUGCACACCAAACUUGUCAUCGUGUUGGAGACGGAGAAAGAGAAGAUUUUGCGUAAAGAGUUUGUGUUUGAUGACACAAAGAAAAGAGAGGGAUUUUGCCAACUGCUUCAGCAAAUGAAGAACAAACACUCUGCAAAACCUGAACCUGACAUGAUCUCAGUGUUUGUUGGCACCUGGAACAUGGGAAAUGCCAGCCCUCCCCACAACAUGGAGUCCUGGUUUCAGUGUAAAGGCCAAGGAAAGACCAGAGACGACACGGCAGAUCACAUCCCACAUGAUUUUUAUGUCAUUGGGACGCAGGAGGAUCCUUUGGGUGAGAGGGAGUGGGCCGACACAGUGAAAGGAGUCCUGCGGAACAUCACAAACAUCAGCUUUAAACAGGUGGCAAUUCACACUCUGUGGAACAUUCGGAUUGUGGUCCUGGCCAAGCCCGAGCACGAGAACAGGAUCUCCCACCUUUUCUCUGACAGUGUGAAGACAGGCAUCGCCAACACACUGGGAAACAAGGGAGCAGUGGGAGUGUCCUUCAUGUUCAACGGGACAUCUUUUGGCUUUGUCAACAGUCACCUGACCUCAGGAAGUGAGAAGAAACUCAGACGUAAUCAAAACUACACCAACAUCCUGCGGUUUCUGAAUCUGGGAGAUAAGAAGCUAAAUCCCUUUGACAUAACAAAUCGCUUCACCCACCUCUUCUGGCUCGGUGAUUUGAACUACCGUGUUGAAUUCCCAUCUACAGAAGCUGAGUACAUUGUGUCAAAGAUCAAACAGCAGCAGUACCAGGAACUUCUCUGUAAAGACCAGCUCAGCAUUGAGAGGAAUGAUGGAAAGGUCUUUCUGCAUUUUGAUGAGGAGGAAAUCACGUUUGCACCAACCUAUCGUUUUGAGAAAGAUACGCGAGAGAAGUACGCCUACACAAAGGCCAAAGCCACAGGGACUAAAUACAAUUUACCCUCAUGGUGUGAUCGUGUCCUGCGGAAGUCCUACCCUCUGGUUCAUGUUGUCUGCCAAGCAUACGGGUGCACCAAUGAUAUCAUGACAAGUGACCACUCACCUGUAUUUGCCUCGUUUGAAGUCGGAGUUGCUUCACAGUUUGUCUCCAAGCAAGAUCCAAACAGUGCGCCUCAAGGUGGAAUACAGAUCAUGAACUGCAUGGCCACGUUGUUGACAAAAUCAAAGACCAAGUUCUUCAUCGAGUAUCACUCCAGCUGCUUGGAGAAAACUGUGAAGACGUCAGAGGGAGAGAACACAGAGCACUCAGAUGGGUCCAUUAAAGUUUGGUUUAGCAACCAAGUGGUGCUCACCCCCAUCAUCUCUGACCCUGAGUACCUUUUGGACCAGCACAUCCUCAUCUGUGUGAAGUCCACAGACUGUGAUGAGUCAUACGGUGAGGGCUGUGUUGCGCUGCGAGCUGCCGAGUUCUGCUACACAGAGUUCCAGGUCACACUGACUCACCAAGGGGAUAAGACGGGCACUUUGAUAGGCGGGAUCCAGUUACAGACCUCUGUGGGCAAACCAACAGAGAAGUUGUAUGAUUUCAUCAAAAUUGAAAGGGAUGACCCUGUUAGCUCCAAAGGCAAAGGCAACGACCCCAACAAGAACACCACCAUCCAAGCACAUGAUAUUUCUAACCCCAGUUACGUAGGAGUGAUGUACAAAAGUGGGAAACUGGUGGAUAAAGGUUGGAGUUACAGCAUGCCUACAAAAAGUCUUGCAAUCGCCGGGCAGGGGGUUAAGGACUCCAAGAAUAUCAGCACACGCAGUCCCACGGGGAAACCCUGUUCUAUGGAGGAGGAUGAAAAGUCAGAGAUGUUUGACAACCCACUGUACGAUUCAAUGGCAAAAUCUCACAGUAGGAGCAAGGACAAAGACCUCCACAAGAAAGAUCACCUCACACCUCUGGACCCAUCGCUUCCACCCUCCAAAUCAGCAGAUGGAGACCCUGACCGCCCCCCAGUGCCCACCCCACGCAACCGCUCCUUCACCUGCUCUGAGAACAAGUCUCAGCCUCCGAUCCCCAGCGUUUCACAUUCCUCAGCUCACAAGAAACCAGUGGUGCCCUCGCGUUCCGAGGGCGGGAUGGCACACAACCGGCCUCCUUUGCCGGCCAAGUCCCGACCAGGCAUUCCGGAUCCCCAGACCCCUAAACCCAGAGACUACAGAGACAGCACCGACCUCCCCAACAAACUCAGGCCGCCUGCAAGACCUGGCCAGUCACAGGCUCACAAAGAGAUACAUCCUGAAGUUCCUAAGAUGGGCCGCUCUGUGAAGUGAGAUCUGAACUCAGCGCUGCUCCUCAUUGACUGUACAGCUUUCUGCCCUGCAUGUCUGGAAACAGGAAAUACACAAAGGAAAACUUUCUGUGUCACUGAUGAGGGACUAUUCACUUUGGGAAAUACUCAUAUUUUCUGUUUUCUGCUGAGAUUUAGCUGAGAAACUUGAUUCCUGUCUCAUAUUUUUCUUUUCAAAAUGAAGCUGUGGCCAAUGCUCGCUAGCUUAGGUUUGCAUAAAGGCUGGAAACAGGGGGGGGGGGCUGAUCACACAUAUGCAAACGUGUCAGUGCCAACUUCCUGUUCACUUCCAAUCUACACAAGCAAGGGGUGAAUGAAACAUUUGCCUCUUGUGAUGAUGCAAAUUGCCGCCAGGCUUGAUGGCUUUGAUGAACUUUGACCUGUGAUAUUUGCUUCACAUUCUCUUAGGUGUGACCAUAGCAGACACAGCUAGGCUGGCUCUACAUUGACACCUGUGGGCAAAGCCUGGUUUUACUUUUUUUUUAAUGUGCAUUGACCUGCUCCUCGGAAGGUUUAAUUUCCCAAGUUGUGAAGCUGUUAAGACUGCAGUGUGUUCAAGUCCUUAGAAGGUAAUGUUAUAGCUAUUCCUAAAAUAGUAUCAUUUUAUAGCUGAUGGCAUCAGCGACUCUGCUUGAUUUCCAAAUGUUUUCGACUUUCUUUCAAUGGCAUUCAGCUGAAUCUUUCCAGUCAGUAACUCACCUUUCUGAAAUACCGAUACCACAUGAACAUACAAUAAGUCUUUACUUUAAGCUAAGCUUCCAUCAUCCUUGAGAUACUGUAUGUGGUAUCAGUUUUGGUGGUGGUUAAUGAUUCUCUUUACCAAAGUGUGGAACUGUUGCUUUUUAGGGCGUAUGAAUAUCAGGUACACAUCUUCAGACCUAAUUGAAUGAAUGAAUUAGCACUAAUUGAACUCUGCUAUGAAACAAUUACAUGUCAUGUUGACUUUCACUCUAUACAGUAGCUAACGAAUGUGUACUGCACAGUAUUAACUUGCACAGACAUUGAUGUUUGUCUUGAAGAUGUGUAAUAAAU